AUGUCACAGGCGUCGUCAUCUACUGCUCGCACUCGGCGGUCAGCUAGGGUUGCCCCCCUUGUUGUUGUUCGUGCUGCAGCCCCUCUGCCCACUGCUGCCGAUGUGGAGCCAAUGGAGGAUGAUGUCACCGGGUUGCCGUUGAUAAUCUGCCCGGAUUGCAGGGACGUUAGGGGGAAAUGUAAGAGCUAUUGGUUUGAGGAAGAAUAUGUGGUGUACCUUCACGAUAAUGGUUAUCUACUUGUAGCUGGGUCGACCAUCGCAGAAGCUUUGACAACUGAAGUCCCUGAGGUGGUGGGAAAAAUUGAUAGGUUAGAGAAAAAUCUGAAAAAGGUGAAGGAAAUGGUUGGCAAGAACAGGGAAGGCAUUGGAAGCUGCAUUUGUCUUGUGUGUGGAUGUGUGAAUGUAACACUAUUCUUAGUGUUGGCCAUCUUCAUGGUUGUAGCUUUUCUGUUGAAGUAG